CAAACCCACCCAAAGCCGGCCGCACCGCACCGAAUCUCUCACGCUCCCUCGCCGUGGCCGCGAAGGUGAAGGCGAAGGCGCACGCUCCACCAACCACCAACUCCAAUCCACCACGCGCUCACCGAGGGGCCGAGGCAGAGGCAGAGCGCGUGAUCACCACCACCACAAGAGGAGCUCGCCGCGCCCCAGGCCAUCCAUAUAACUCUCGCCUUCUUGGUCGCUGCUGCUCGAUCGACCGGGCAAGAAGAAGAAGAAGCGGCAGGAGAGCGAGGGGUGGCUGGAUCUGCGGGUGGAAGGGGUCGAGGAGGAGCGCUGGCGAUGCUGCAGCUGAUGAUGGCGCUGGCCUUCUCGGCGGCGCCGCUGACGCUCUACGUGCCGCCCGUGCGCAGCCUCAGCCUCUUCGUGGAGGCCAUGGAGACCAUGUGCCGCGAGUGCGCGCCCUACUCCCAGGGCGCCGUCUCCCGGUUCCGCCUCGGCCUCUCCCGCAUCUUCGCCGGCCUCGCGCGCGCCCUGCGCUAGACACCCGACGCGUCCGGCGAGCAGAUCGACCCUCCUUCUUCUUCUCGCCGUAGGUACAUGUGCAGUACAGUACAGGGGCACGCCGCCCCCACGCCGCCGUGCCAUGCGUGCAGCGGCUGUGCUCGUCUUGGAUCUUGCUUAGUUGUUGUCGUUUUGAGUAGCUUCUACACAUAAUCGCUAGCUUGUUUCUCGUUUGGAGUAGCAUUUAGAGAAGGAAGUGGGUAAUAAUCUCUGCCCAAAGAUGAGCUUUCGUGAGAGAGAGAUCGUGAGAAGAUGCAUACCAUACAGUCUUCUUCUUCUUCUUCUUCUUCUGUAGUUGAUGCCAUGCGAGGCAGUCCAUCCAUGAGAAUGUUUGUUGUGAUCUGUACAUAAAUCAUGCUGCUACUAGUUGGGAAAGUUUGCGUGUUCUUGAGAUGUCGAUCCAACUUUUGAGAUGUAAUGGAAAAAAGACCUUGACUUGUUGA